UUGACAGUAGCGAGAAGUGACCAGAAGGUGAUCGAAAGAAAGGCAAGACAUUGUGAGGAGGAAGAAAUUCGAGCAGGAGUAAGACAGGGAGGGCUGGAGGCUGGCCCAUCAUCGCAGUACCAGCGUUUGAUAACGCAGAAGAGGAGAGCAGACGGACGGCAGACAGGGAGGACUGAGGACGCAGAGCAGCAUCACGAUCCGCGGCUGCGUCUCAGUGCCGGAGAGAAAGUGUCCGCAUCUCGGCGAGAUCUGUUUAUGGUCCAAAUGUGGCUCUUGGUCUGUCUCCUGACCCUCAGCUCAGUGGCCCUGAUGACUGCUGUUGGUGGAGAUGUGUGUGUGGCAGGUCAUGACAGCGGGCCAGUGUUUGAAGAACAGCCGAGCAGUUUAAUUUACCCUGAAGGCCUGACUGAAGGCAAAGUGACCCUGAGCUGUCAGGCCAGAGCAAAUCCAGCUGCUGCUUAUAGGUGGCUUGUGAAUGGGACUGCGGUUCCAUUGAAUUUGGACCGAUACUCCCUGGUGGCUGGUACCCUGGUGAUAAGCAGCCCCGACCCCAUCCGGGAUACAGGCUCUUACCAGUGUCUAGCUAUCAACCGCUGUGGCACCAUCAUUAGCAGAGCAGCCAACCUCAAGUUUGGUUACCUCCAUGACUUCCCUCCAGAUGGCAGAAGUCCUCAAACAAUAACUGAAGGUCAAGGAACGUUCUUGGCCUGCCAACCUCCUCCACAUUACCCAGCGCUGUCUUACCGCUGGUUUCUCAACGAGUUUCCCAACUUCAUCAGGAAGGAUGAUGGGCGCUGGUUUGUGUCACAGGUCACGGGGAAUCUGUACCUGGCCAAAGCUGAACCUAAUGACACAGCAAACUACUUCUGCUUCACAACGAUCAACAUGGAAGUUAGCACGAAGAGCACAUUCAGCAAGGCCAACCAGCUCACGGUAGUCCCUGAUGCCAAUCCCAGGAAGUCAGCUCCAACCAUUAAAGUGCGCUUCCUGGCAGAUACCUAUGCCCUGGCUGGACACACCACCCAGUUAGAGUGCUUUGCUUAUGGAAAUCCAGUUCCAAAGGUGCGGUGGAGGAAGGUGGAUGGUCUAAUGCCAUCCAAGGCAGGCCCCACUGUGGAGGGUCCCACCCUGACCCUUCCUGAACUCUCCUUUGACGAUGAGGGCAUUUAUGAGUGUGAAGCCUACAACUCAGAAGGAAGGGACACGUACCAGGGACGCAUUAAUGUCCAAGCUCAACCAGAGUGGUUGCAGGUGAUGAUCGACUCAGAAGUGGAGAUUAGCUCAGAUCUUCAGUGGAGUUGUGUGGCUGCUGGAAAACCUCGACCCUCUGUACGCUGGCUACGCAAUGGACAGCCACUUAGUACACAGGAUCGUGUGGAGGUGAAUGGAGUUCAUCUUAGAAUCAUCAACCUUGCUCUGGAGGAUUCUGGCAUGUACCAGUGUGUGGCUGAAAACAAGCAUGGCACCAUCUACUCGACUGCUGAGCUCAGGGUCCAAGUUCAGGCUCCAGACUUCCGGUUGAAUCCAGUAAGGAAGCUUAUUCCAGCAGCUAGAGGGGGACAGGUGAUGAUUGAUUGUCGCCCUCGAGCUGCCCCGAAGCCCAGUCUGUUCUGGAGUCGUGGAACAGAGUUGCUCACCAACAGCAGCAGAAUAGCAGUAACUCCAGAUGGCAUCUUGUGGAUUUAUAACAUCAGCAGAGCAGAUGAAGGAAAGUACACCUGCUUUGCUGAAAACUACCUCGGCAAAGCCAACAGCACUGGACACCUGUCUGUGAGAGAUGCCACCAAGAUCACGCUGGCCCCUUCUAAUGCCGACAUAAAUCAGGGCGAGAAUGUGACGCUCCAGUGCCAUGCCUCCCAUGAUGCAGCUAUGGAUCUUACCUUCACAUGGUCUCUCAAUGGUGUCCUUUUGGACCUGGAGAACUCUGCUGGGCCUUACCAUCGGGUGGAGGGGAAGGAAAACACUGGUGACCUGUUGAUUGUGAGGGCUCAGCUGAGCCAGGCGGGGACGUACGUGUGCACAGCUCAGACCGUGGUGGACAGCGCCGCAGCCUCAGCUAAGCUGGUGGUUCGAGGACCCCCAGGACCUCCUGGAGGUUUGUUGGUGAAGAACGUGGCUGAGACAUCAGUGGAACUCAGGUGGAGCCGUGGUUACGAUAACCACAGUCCUAUCGGCAAAUACGUCAUCAUGGGCCGCUCUCCUCUGUCGUCUGAGUGGAGGAAGAUGAGGACAGAUCCAGUGAACAUUGAAGGAAACGCAGAGUCAGCUCGUGUGACAGGAUUGAUUCCCUGGACGGAUUAUGAAUUCCAGGUUAUCGCCAGCAACAUCUUGGGCAGUGGAGAGCCUAGCAUGCCUUCCCACAUCGUUCGGACACUGCAAGCAGCUCCCACUGUGGCCCCGAGUGGACUGGGAGGUGGUGGAGGAGACCGUGAUGAGCUCAUCGUUACAUGGACGCCCAUGGCCAGAGAAUACCAGAACGGUGACGGCUUCGGGUACAUCUUGGGGUUCAGAAAGAAGGACACAUCAUCAUGGACAGAGGUGCGAGUUCCACGUGUAGAGUCCUCUCGACAUGUUUACUACAACAGCAGUCUGGCAGCGUACACUCCCUUUGAAGUGAAGAUCAAAGCUUAUAACCGCAAAGGAGAAGGCCCGUUUAGCCAGGUGGCUGUGGUGCACUCUGCAGAGGAAGAGCCAACCGUGGGACCUUCCAGCAUCAAUGCCACGGCACUGUCCGCCUUUGAGAUCCAGGUUUCCUGGGAGCCUGUGCAGCAGCUCAGCACCAAUGGCAUCCUGAGAGGAUACGAGAUCCGGUACUGGCGGCAGCACGAAAGAGAAGCAGCAGCGGACCGCGUGAGGACGGCGGGCCUGGAGCCGACAGCCAGGGUGUCCGGACUUCGACCCAGCACUCGAUACCACGUCGCUGUUCUGGCAUACAACAGUGCCGGCACAGGACCGCCCUCGCCACGCACCGCCGUCACCACCAGGAAACCACCUCCCAAUCGUCCUCCGGGCAGCGUGUCGUGGAAGGCUCACGGCUCGCGGGUCACGGUGAGAUGGGACCAAGUGACAGCCAUGCACAACGAGUCAGCCAUACUGGGCUACAAAGUUCUGUACAAGCACGAGGACCAGGCAGCUUUGAAGUUUCUGGACAAGACGAAGACGUCAGUGAGCCUGCCGCUGCCCAAAGACAAGGCUUACAUUGUGUUGGAGAUUUGGUCAUGGGGCGAGGGCGGGGACGGGCCAGCACACGAGAUUAUCGUGUCCCGGGAUUCAGGGACUGGUAUGAUGGUGCAGAAGGAUGCCUCCUCCACACUGCCCUGUCCCCAUGCCCACCUCCUCUCAGGCUUGGCUCUGCUCAUUUCUGCGGUGGUGUCAGGCCUGUGAUCUCGGCCAGUCGGAACUUUUUCUUAUGGGUGGCUUGAAACGAAUGCUCUCCUUUAUGGAUAGGUGGGUGUGGGUCCGGGGGUGGGAAACACGGGGAUUCGCUUUUAAUAAUGACAAGGAUCUUUGUAAAAUGUCUGCAGGAGGUAUUAUGUUUGUGCACUGCUCUCAGUAUAAACCAUGCCUUACUGGGACACAUGUGGCUGACACAUGUGUCCUUGAAACUGUAGUUGGCAGGACUUCAGGUGUAAAUGUAAUAAUAGAGUCAACGUGGUGGAGGUCUGCGUGUUCACACUGAGGGCAGGUUGCUUACUGAGUCUACAGGUGAUGUUAGAGCAUUUGUCACUUUACCAACUGAACGUGUGACGAAAUACCAGAGAGGCUGAUGGUCAAGCGUUCUGCUAAACCUGCCAGGUGGCGAAUUAGAGACAGAAUCCAGCUCUUUCACCUGCGUCUCCUGUUUGAAUCACAAAGUGCUUCUCUUGUUGCUCACAGUGUGAACACAGCAUAAACCCGAGGCUCUAAAGAACUGCUAACUGUUGUUUCCAGCUACUGUCUCUGUGCUUGUCUCACGUGUCUAGAUGAUUAUUAUACUGUUUGAUGUCUUGUUUCAUUUCAGGGAAUUGAAAUUUGAUUGUAUUUAAUUCUUUGUUGAUGUUUUUUUUGUUUUUUCUUUGAAUCAUUUUGACAGGAAUGUAAAAAUACUUGUGUUUGUGUUUCUCGGGUUUACUCUCAGUGUCUCUUGUGCUGAUAGGCUGAGAUGAAAAGGCCAGAGCAGCAGGGAUAGAUGACCGAUCACCAAAGUUAUCAGCAGUGUUGUAAACUGUCCUCACUGUAACCCCGUUAUCAGCUCUUAUGUAACGAUUCUGCUCCACCACACUUUACAGGAAACAUGUGGCCGCUGUCAUGUACAUUUUUAUCUACAGCUCGAGAGUUAAGAUCAAACAUACACGUCACGUGCUGAAAACUGCUGUUUUUUUAUUAUUUUGUUGUUGAUAUACUCAGAACCUUUGACUUGGUUUGAAUGGUAGCUGCUGCUUUGGUCUAAGCUGUUGGCAGGAAUGCAUCGUUUUGGUUUUCUACCCGUAAAACACUGCAAUGCUUCAAACUGAGUUUGUACUGGACGAGGUUCUGUUGUUAUUUUACAUCUGUACCAAAUGUUAUUGCUAAUGCAUGCAGCGCUUAAUAUGCUGUUCAUUGUUAAUACAGUCUGUUCCUAAGUCAGUAAGUGAGAAGUCACACUGGUGGAUUUUUACAUUCCUGUGUUACGUCAGUCACACUGUCUAAUGCUGAGUCAUCGCCAUCACUUUCCCCUAAUCCCAACCAUAUAUAGUAGCAUUGUAGGAUAAGUUUUCUAACAUCAUUUUAUUGUAAUAUCCCCAAAUAAUCUCUUAAAGACAUAAAAUCCCCCUUUUAGCCACAUCACGGUUUCUUAAUAAUCUGCUCAGAAUAAUCAUGGAAAUAGUUCUGCUGUCCUUACACAGGAUAACAAUCAAUACAUGACUGAUAGCUAUACAAUGCAAAAGGCGUAAUAAGAGAAACUGAUGCUAUGAGAGGAGGCUGGGGAAGCUUCAGACAGGGAGCGUGAGUAUGAGUCACUAGCUUGCUUUUCUCUUUGCUGGUGUCUGAUGGCACCAAGCGUAGUGGUUGUCAAAAGGCUAGGAAGGAGGAUUAAUUAACUAUGGAAUAAAAACAGAUUAAAAAUAAAAGACUCAAUAUGGUGGACUGAAUAGACUUCCAUACUCAUGCAGAUAUGUGCAAGCCACGCUGAAUGCACCACCUUGCUAAAGCAGUGUUGGGGUAUGGAUGAGCCUCGCCAUCCAGGCCCAGCCAAUAAGUCACUGAGCCCCUUAGCUGAAAUCUGAAAGUACACUUCUACUACAACUUACACAGAUGAAUAUCAUUUGGAAAUGAAAACCUAAACACCCUAAUGCUGAUAAGCUAUUGCAGCGCAACUAGAGAUCAAUGUUUGAUGGAGCAGCUUUGGAGCAGAUUUCCCCAAGAGUGAACUAUGAGCAAAUGGUUGCAUAUACAUGCCGUUUUUGUUUUGGGGUUUUUUGGUGAAUAAAAUGACUUGAGAUGA